AGGGGUUAAGGCACCUGGGCCGCCGCCCCCGGCCCCUCCCCGCGGCCGCCCGCCCCGUCCCGCCGCCCGCCGCGGCCAGAGCCCGACCGCGCGCCCGCUCGCCGGGGCCGCCAUGUCUCAGUGGAAGAAAACCAUCUACAAGAGUGUGUGCCUGUCCCUGGCCGUGCUGGUGGCCGUGACCGUGUUCCAGCGUGGUCUCACCCCGGGCCAGUUCCUGCCGGGGCCCGCAGCGCUCCAGCUCAGGCUGCACAAACCCAGGGGCCCCUUGGCGCAGCCCCAGGACUUCUGGAAGACCCCCGAGGAUGCGGCGCCCCCCACGCCAGCGGCCUCCCGGGGGCCCCGGGCCUGGGACGUGACCAGCGUCAACUGCUCGGCCAAUGCCAACCUGUCGCAGCAGGCCUGGUUCCAGGGCUUGGAGCCACACUUCCAGCAGUUCCUGCUGUACCGCCACUGCCGCUACUUCCCGCUGCUGCUGAACCACCCCGAGAAGUGCCGGGGCGCCGUGCACCUGCUGGUGGUGGUCAAGUCGGUGAUCACGCAGCACGACCGGCGCGAGGCCAUCCGGCGCACGUGGGGCGCGGAGCGGGCGGCGGCGGGCCCGGGGCUGGGCGCGGUGCGGACCCUCUUCCUGCUGGGCACGGCCUCCAAGCGCGAGGAGCGCGCCCACUACCAGCAGCUGCUGGCCUACGAGGACCGCCUGUACGGCGACAUCCUGCAGUGGGACUUCCUGGACAGCUUCUUCAACCUGACCCUCAAGGAGACGCACUUCCUCAAGUGGCUGGACAUCUACUGCCCCCGAGUGCAGUUCGUCUUCAAGGGGGACGACGAUGUCUUCGUGCACCCAGGCAACGUGCUGGAGUUCCUGGCGGGCCGGCGGCCCCAGGAGGACCUGUUCGUGGGGGACGUGCUGCGGCACGCGCGCCCCAUCCGCCGCAAGGACAACAAGUACUACAUCCCCGUGAGCCUGUACGGCAAGGCCAGCUACCCGCCCUACGCCGGCGGCGGCGGCUUCCUCAUGGCCGGCGGCCUGGCCCGCCGCCUGCACGGCGCCUGCGACUCGCUCGAGCUCUACCCCAUCGACGAUGUCUUCCUGGGCAUGUGCCUGCAGGUGCUGGGCGUGCAGCCCACGGCCCACGAGGGCUUCAAGACCUUCGGCAUUUCGCGCAACCGCCACAGCCGCAUGAACACGGAGCCCUGCUUCUUCCGCUCCAUGCUGGUGGUGCACAAGCUGCUGCCCCAGGACCUGCUGGCCAUGUGGCGCCUGGUGCACAGCAACCUCACCUGCGCCCACCGCCUGCAGGUGUUCUGAGCCCGAGCUCGGGCCGGGGCCGGUGGACACCGCAAGGGCGGGCGGGCGGCCUGGCUCCCCGCCGCCCCAGCUCAGGUACAGAGCCAGGCCGGGCCCCGGCUGGGCCCGUGGCCACCCUCAGAGAAGAGUCCCCCCUGCCCCACGCCCUGGUGCCCCCCGGGUGCCUCUCCCCGGAAGUUGAGCCUGUGCUGGCUCACAGGUGCCCCUCCGUGCCCCGCCCCACACCCCGCCACGGUGCCUUGGCGUCAGCUGUGCCCUGUGAGCUCCGUCCCGGCCUAUCCCUCAGCCCCGGUGGCCACCCUGACUACCUCAGUGACCCUCAGAACCUCCAGGGGGGGCGGCUGCCCACCCCGCCCACGGGCAGAAGAGCAGUGCUCGGCCCCCUCGAAGCCCGACAUGGUGCCGUCAGGGCCCCCUGCAGCCUCUGCAGCCCUGGGCCCCGGAUGUGGACGUUCCUCCGACUGUGAAGUUUAUUUAUGAAGAACCGGGAGGGAGAAGGCGCCAGGCCUGCCGGCCCCCCGAUUCAGUGGACCACCUGCUCGUCGGCCUCCCCCGAGCACACCCAUGCCUGGCAGCCCCCUUCAGAGCCCGGCCCGCACCCCGCUUUGCGGGGCCCAUGCAGACCAGCGUCUGCCCCUGUGGAGGGAGGGCGCAGCCCCGGCUCCUGGGUACUCGGCAGGGGCGGGGGUGGGGGGCAGGCUGACCCCAUGUUCCUCGGCCUCUGACACUGGUCUGACCCAGGGGUCG